AUGUCGUAUGUGCGGAGUAAAAUUAUUCUCACGGACUGCGGCAUCACAGAUAUUUGCCUAAGAAAGGCGAUUACUGGGGGCCUCAUCAUUGAGGUCCCAGGGAAGGACAGUGAGGCUAAAGCAGAUCAGCUUUACGCCGCGAUGUCUCCCCUGGUUGCAGAAAAAGGGGCUAGACUCACCAGGCCAAUCAAGACGGUAGAGGUCAAGAUCAAGGGCCUUGAUGAGUCUAUCUCCCCUGAAGAGAUUAAGAAUGCAGUAGCAUCCGCCGGGAGUUGUCGGUCGACCGACGUAAAGGUCGGCCGAGCUCGCGUUUUCUCUAGCGGACUGUCCACCGCAUGGAUGCAAUGCCCNGUAGCCGCGGCACGGAAGAUUGUGGCGGCCGGAGCAUUGCACGUGGGUUGA